AUGUGUUCUGCCUUGAGAACAUUUGGAAAAUAUCAAGGUGUGACUGAAUCACUGAUGACAAGAGGCAAUGACAGACUCAGAGGGAGUGGGAAAACCAUUGGCGUACAGCCAACUGCCACAGCAAGGCGGGCACAUAUGGGGCGAGGAGCCAGACGAAUGACGUCAGGGAGGCCAGCAAAGUCGCCUUUCGUCAAAGAACAUGGCUAUUCAAUUGACAAGAAGAAAAGAAGGACAGCAGCUCCACACAGCCUUAGUCAUGCUGUGGAAUACAAUCAGUCAUUGGGAAAAUCACAUGGUGCUAAAUAAAAUGCUGAAUGCUGAAUAGCUUUUUGUGAUGAAUAUUUAAGCUAAUUUAAAGAUGUACUACCAGUCAGUAUCAUGAGGUAAAAAGAAAUAAACAUUUUAAUUCCAUAUUUGGAUUGCUUAAAUAACUUUUCUGUAUUCUUCUGCAUAAAUCCUUAAGUUGGUCAGUAUUCAAUUUAAAGAUUUUUGUAGUAAAAUGUCUGUAAAUCAAUGAAUCUACUUUCAAAUGAGCUAUUCAAAAUUGUAUUUGAAUUUUUUAGGUAUUUCUUGUCUUUCUGACUGAUAGUACAUCUUUAAAUGAUAGGCCUUUAGGUCAAUUCUACACAUCAUUGUUUAGUUUUGUUUUAUUAUUUAGCACCAUUAAAGAAAAAUGCUAUAGUGCUCCUAAUAAAAUUGAGGGUUUGU